CGCCUCCUACCGCUGCUCACGGCGUGACCCGAGCCCGGAUCGGCCCCCUCGGGGAGGCGACGGCGGGGCUACAGCGGCAGCGCCGGUGCCACCGAGCAGUAGCAGAGGCAGCGGUGUGAGCAGCGGCAGCAGCAGCCCCGCUCCCACCUGCCCGUGACAGAGGCUGGAGCUGCGACCGUCGCGGAGCGGCGUUUGGUGCCCGCGCUCCGGAGCCCCCGCGCCGCGGCCGUGCGGCGCCGCGUCCCGCUCGCCGAUGAGCGCCGCCGCUCUCUACAGCCUGGACUCCCCGGCAUGUUAUAAGAGCUGGUGCCUGGAGCCCGCCAACUUCUACGACGCCAAGGUGGGCAGCGGCGGCGGGCCGGGUCCCGCCUGCAAGCCGGGGACCCGCGGCGGCUGCGGGAUGAGCGGCGAGGAGGCGGGGGGCGGCCUGGGGGGCAGCGGCACCAACCUGGCGGAGCUGAGCGCCGCCGCCCCGGCCAUGUACGAGGACGAGAGCGCCAUCGACUUCAGCUCCUACAUUGACUCCAUGUCUGCCGUGCCCAACCUGGAGCUCUGCAACGACGAGCUCUUCGCCGACCUCUUCAACAGCAACCACAAGCCCGAGCGGGGCGGGGAAUACGGCGAGUACUUGCCACCGGGCGGCGGCGCCGGCCGCGACCCCGCCAAGGACCUCGGCGCUGCCAUGACCACCCUGCUGGGCUCUGAGCCCCGCACCGCCUCCUCCUCCUCCUCCUCCUCUUCCUCCUCCUCCUUCUCCUCCCGCGGCGCUCUGAAGCAGGAGCCGGACUGGAGCGACAGCGACCUCUCCUCCUCUCUGCUGCCCUCGCAAAUCGCCACCUGCGCCCAGACCAUCAUGAACCUGAGCGGGCAGCCCACGCCGCCCACGUCCCCCGAGCCGCCGGGCAGCAGCUCCCCCUCCAGCUGCAGCACCCGCUCGCCGGGCCCCGCCGCCGCCGCCGUGCCCGGGCCGGCGCAGGGCGUCCCGCCGCCCGCCGCCGCCGGGGGCAAGGAGCGGGGCGGCAAGAAGUGCGUGGACAGGUUUAGCCCCGAGUACCGGCAGCGCCGGGAGCGCAACAACAUCGCCGUGCGCAAGAGCCGCGACAAGGCGAAGCGGCGCAACCAGGAGAUGCAGCAGAAGCUGCUGGAGCUUUCGGCCGAGAACGAGAAGCUGCACAAGAAGAUCGAGCAGCUCACCCGGGACUUGACCAGCCUCCGGCACUUCUUCAAGCAGCUGCCCAGCGCUUCUUUCCUGCAGCCCGGCUCGGGCACCGACUGCCGGUAACCGGGGGGGAGCGGGACGGAGAGACGGACUCCGGGAGACGGUGGAUAAAUACCUCAGAGGGCCGUGCCGAGCCUUGUCGGGCCGUGCCGCGGCGCCCCGGGCCGGGCCGGGCGCGGCAUGAGGCGCGGAGCCGCGGCGGGACCUGCCGGCCCGCGGCCGCGCUUGGAAUGCGGCAGCGACGUGGAGCGAUGCCUGGGUCUUUCACCGCGAAACUUGCGAAAAAGGGAAAAAAAAGCUAAAUAUAUUAUUUUUUUUCUUCUCUCCCCUUAAAUUAUUUUUGUAAUGGUAGUUUUCGUCUUUUCUACAUUUUACUCAUACCGAUGCAGCUAUGGUACAUCUGUUAAAAUGAUUCAAAAUCCCAUGUAUUUUAGACAGUAGGAUUGAAAAAAAAAAAAAAAAGACUGAGCAUGCUCAACCUUUUAUAUCAAUUUUUACAGCAUUUCUAAGAAUAAAGAAAAGCAUUUUAAAUCAA